AUGAAUUAACAAGACAACUUCAACACAGAAAUCUCUCAUAAAUAAAUAAAAUCUUUUCACUAACUUAAAUUAUCUUCAGGAGACUAUUUACGUGCAUUAGAGAAGCUACACUUUACCGAGCCAACUCCAAUUUAAAUACUUUCAAUACCUGAAGGUUUGACAGAAAAGAACAUUAUUGCAUAGGCUAAAGCAGGAACAGGAAAAACUUUAGCUUUUAGCAGUAUUAUACUCGAAAAAUUGAUAAAUAGGAGGCAAACAAUAUUUUAAGAUUCAAAUCCAUUAGUCUUAAUUAUAUUACCUACAAGAGAGUUAGCAAUUCAGGUAUUCGAAUUUAUUCAGCAACUAUUAAAGGCUCUAAAUACUAUAAAUCCUAAUUUAUUACCUUAUGUUAAUUGCGGAAUCUUUAUUGGAGGACUACCACUGCAAGAUGAUAGGAGAAAUCUCAAAAUACAGCAUGUAAAAAUAAUAAUUGGAACAAUAGGAAGAAUUGUAGCUCUAAUAAAAGAAAAUUCAUUGGUACUUUCUUCAAUAAACACCCUUGUGCUAGAUGAGGCAGAUAAACUAAUGGGAUAAAAAGACUUUUACAAACACAUAACUUAUAUAUUUGAUGCUUUAAAUAAGUAGACUCUAAAUAAUAUAUCUAUUAGUAGUUAAUUAGAUAUCAACAGUAAUAUAGAAGAAUUAAAGUCAUAAUAAGAAUAAACUCUAAUUUAAGAUGAAAAAGAAACUGCUUUUGAAGUUCUUCAAAGGAGGAAAAAAAACUUAAAGUUACCUGUUUAAUACUUAGCUUAUUCGGCAACUUACCCUGAUGAUCUCAAAUAAAAAAUUGAGAAAUUGAUGGAAACAAGUGUAUUUGUAGACGCAAUUUAAUUAUAAAAUUAAAGUGAUUCACAGAGCACUGAAAAUUAACAGAAUGAUAAUAGAGAUUUGAAUCUAGAAAAUAUCAUUUAAUAUAGAGUUGAUGUAAAAUAGGAAGGAAAUGUUUCAGUAACAAAACAAAAAAUAAAUAUUCUCACAAGUGUUUUAAAGUAGAUUAAGUUUAAUCAAGCAAUAAUAUUUUACAAUGAUAAAAUCAAAGGAGAAAAUAUUUUUAGUGAACUUAAAGCUUAAAAUUAUUCUGUUAUCUUUAUUCAUGGAGAUUAAACUUAGGCAGAUAGAAUCAAAGUUAUGAACUAAAUUCGUAGAAAUAAAACUUAAAUUAUAAUUUCUACUGACUUACUUUCAAGAGGUAUUGACAUCACUACUAUUGAUUUAGUUAUAAAUUAUGACAUACCCUCUUCUGUUGAAACAUACUAUCAUAGGAUAGGGAGAACUGGAAGGUAUGGAAGAUUUGGGAUAAGUAUAAUUUUGGUUCAAUAAAAUGAAGAAAAUUUUAUUCAGUAAAAUAUAAUACAUUUUUGCAGAUUAUAAGACCUGCCUUAAAAUUUCUCUGAUAUAAAUUUAAGACUGGAAUAGAAGCUAGCUGAUCUUAACUAAGGUAACAAUCUAAAAUAAUCGGAGAAUUAGUCAUUGGAGAAACAAGAAAAAAGUCUAUCAUCCAACUAAAAGAAAAAUCUAAAGAAUAAUCCUUAAAACUAUCACCAUGAAUUUACUCAAGGAAUACUAAUGAAAGAAGUAGAUGUCAAUGAAAAGUUUUACGAUGAAUCUACUUUUAAAUAUUUUGAGGAAGAAGAAUGCUCACCCAUUUUGCUAAAUGGAUAAACUGAACUCUCAGGAUCCAUGUUUUCAGAUGAAGAUGAUAUAGAUAAUGAUAUUGAAGAAGAAGAAGAUGAUGAUUAUUCAUAUGAAAAUUAAGAUGAAUCAAGUCUUGAAAAAUAAGCAGCAGAUAUUAAAGGUGAAAAAUAAAAUAUAAUUUCUAAUAAAAAAAAUCAUAUUUGCUAAGAUAAAAGUGAAUGGGGAUUCCUUUCAUGCUAGGUUUGCUACGAAUUUCUUUUAGAGUCAGAACAUUAUUUAAAUAAAAAAUUUGAAAUAACAAAGUACUUUAAUGUAAAAAAAGUUAAAUAAAUUAAAGCUGAUUGA